CCGCAUCCAUUUUUCUGAUACGGUUUUCGCCGACAAUAAGAUCGAAACUGAGUAUUUUUGUCGAUCGUGUUCGUUGUUUUUCUCAAAUACAAACUAGUAUUGGUUUAAAUUGAUGCUCAAAGCCUGUCGCCUCCUUGAGUUCAUCUGACUAGCCGACUUCUAUUUAUCAUUUGAUUGAGCCUUCAUCCCCAGGAAACAGCAACAAAAAGAUGGAGGUUCUCCGCGAACCCUUGUUGGCUUGCGCCAACAGUCCAGUUAAUAAGAAUAAUGAAGUGGAAUUGACGAAGUUGCCAACGAAGAAGGGCGAAAGAGAUAUUAAGUCUCCACCGCCUUCUCCACCUGACGGUCGUACGCGGGCUCGCACAGCCACUUCCCCAUCGCGACGAGUAGCACGGAAAAAGCAGAACCUGUGUCUGAACGCUUGUCUUGGUUGUUGCGGAGGUUUGGUGGCAUUGAUCUUACUACUCUACUUGUCGCUGUUCUACCACUACCUGCACGGCGUUCGCAGUUUGUACCAAAAAGUCCUCAUUCUAGAUCCCGCCGAACGCAGAAGAUUAUACGAAAAUGGAAAACGUGAGAUCUUCUUCAACAGCCGCGCUAAAAGUAAAACCAAAGAUUAAGGCUCAAAACAAUUCAUUUCUACAAGCCAUUUUUUGCAGUUUCCUUCUUGGGAUUCUGAAGAAAUGCAGGCAAGAAAUGAAACGUUUUGAGCUCUAAAAAGAACAAGACAAGCUAAUGCUUUCUCCCAGCUUCCUCGUCUCGCAGAUGACGAACGACGAGAAGCGCUCAAUGCUUCAUGGAAUCCCAGCUUUUGGACUAUAUAGCGGUAUUGUGCCUGGUGUGCCGCGCCUAGGCAUUCCACCGCUGAUCACGAACGACGGCCCUCAGGUUAAGGG